CAAACAAGCCGUACAUUCUCUAGUUAUGGCUUCUUCUUCUUCUUCAUUUUCUUCUUCAACUACUUCAACCAUCACAUCCAAAUUUAUUGGCCUUCUUCUUCUUCUCUCUCUUCAAAUAGACUUGUUACUCGGAUCAGCUAUUCAUCUUAAAAACCAAACUUCUUUCAGACCCAACAGAGAUAUUCAGAAGCUUAGAAGAGUGGAAGCAUAUCUCAACAGAAUCAACAAACCUUCCAUCAAAACAAUCCACAGCCCAGAUGGAGAUGUAAUAGAAUGUGUACCGUCUCAUUUACAACCAGCAUUUGAUCAUCCUCAGCUACAAGGCCAGAAGCCACUGGAUUCACCAGACAGGUCAAGUAGAAGAAAUGAAACAACAAAUGAGGAAAGUUUUAAUCAGUUAUGGAGUAUGUCCGGUGAAAGUUGUCCACUUGGGUCAAUACCAAUGAGAAAAACAACGAAGAAUGAUGUUUUGAGAGCAAAUUCAGUUCGACGGUUUGGUCGGAAAUUAAGAAGACCCAUUAGACGAGAUUCCUCCGGAGGUGGUCACGAGCAUGCGGUGGUGUUUGUGAAUGGAGAACAAUACUAUGGAGCUAAAGCAAGCAUUAACGUGUGGGCGCCACGUGUUACUGAUGCUUAUGAGUUUAGUUUAUCUCAGAUUUGGCUCAUCUCUGGAUCCUUUGGUCAUGACCUAAACACCAUUGAAGCUGGUUGGCAGGUUAGUCCUGAGCUAUAUGGAGAUAAUUAUCCAAGAUUCUUCACAUAUUGGACGACUGAUGCAUACCAAGCAACUGGGUGCUACAAUUUACUCUGCUCUGGAUUCGUACAAACCAACAACAAAAUUGCAAUUGGUGCAGCGAUUUCCCCGAGGUCCUCUUAUAAUGGAAGACAGUUUGAUAUCGGUUUAAUGAUUUGGAAGGAUCCAAAACAUGGGCACUGGUGGCUUGAACUAGGGAAUGGACUUCUUGUGGGAUACUGGCCAGCUUUCUUGUUCAGUCACUUGAGGAGUCAUGCAAGUAUGGUACAAUUUGGCGGUGAGGUUGUGAACAGCCGAUCAAGCGGUGCUCACACCGGAACACAAAUGGGAAGCGGCCAUUUCGCAGAUGAAGGGUUUGAGAAAGCUGCCUACUUUAGGAACUUACAAGUUGUUGAUUGGGACAACAAUCUCUUGCCUCUGAAGAAUCUUCAUGUUUUGGCUGAUCACCCGGCUUGUUAUGACAUCAGACAAGGCAAAAACAAUGUAUGGGGGACUUAUUUUUACUAUGGAGGGCCUGGUCGGAACCCAAGGUGUCCUUGACUCACACAAACAGAAAUAUAAAAAUAUUUUGUGUGA